AUGUCAGCUGGCUAUACAUCGUUUUUUGUUGAUCAACCAAUUGAAAUCUAUGAAAAAAUUGUACGAUAUUCAUCACAUUUUAGUGGUAAUUUAAAAGAUCUAUUAUGUAAUCUUCUUCAAGUUGAUUUAACAAAACGAUAUGGAAAUUUAAAAAAUGAUGUUGAUGAUAUUAAAACUCAUAAAUGGUUUUCAAAUACGGAUUGA